CCUCCCGUUGUCUGUCAGCGGAAACGACGAGCAAAAUGGAGGGCUACGACCUGAAGGCAGAUGCAACCUUGCCGUCCGUGGUAGUCCCACCCACCGCUCGCCGGAAGACAAGGGUCAUGUCCAUAUUCUCUAUGCUAGCCUAUCUACUUGCUGGGCUGUAUAUCAUAUACAGUGUACAAUACAAGCGCACUACUCGACCGGCCGUCGAGAGAGAGUUGCAUCGGGCGGAGCCCGACUUCGAUUGGCUCUCCCUCACACCAUCAGAAGACAUCAAUUGGACACCCUGCUUCUCUGAAUACAAGUGUGCACGGAUUAUCUUGCCCCUGGACUAUCUGUCGCCGCCUGGUGUUGGCCCGAAUGUCACUAUCGCCCUUCAGUUGCUGCCGGCGGCGGACAAGGAAAAUUAUCGCGGUACCAUUCUGAUCAACCCUGGUGGUCCAGGCGGCGCUGGCACCGACCUGAUCAAGCGACGCGGCAAGGACAUCGCGCGCAUUUCUGGUGGCUCUUACGACGUGCUGGGCUUUGAUCCGCGUGGGACGGGCGCGAGCACGCCGUCCGCACAAUGCUUCGACUCACAGUCACAGCUCGACAUCUGGGGGAUCCAGGCAGGGGCCCAGCUGCUGAAUCUGACCGAUGGCUCGGUCGGUAUGGCUAGGGCACGCGAGCGGGUGGUUGGGCAGAUGUGUGAGAAAGCCCUGGGCGGGAACGGGAGGGAAGACCUCAACGGGACAGUGGAGGAAUGGGGUGCCGGACGGUUUAUGAGCACCGCCAGUGUGGCGACGGACAUGCUCAAGAUCACGGAGAAGCUUGGGGAAGAGAAGCUGAAGUAUUGGGGUUUCAGCUAUGGUUCCGUACUCGGGCAGUACUUUGCGGCAAUGUACCCUGACAAGGUCGGGCGACUCAUCAUCGACGGUGUUUAUGACGCAUACAACUACCGUGCCACCCUCUGGAACACCAACCUUGUAGACACGGACGCAGUCUGGGCAUCAUUCCACAACUUUUGUUACGAGGCCGGCCCGGAACAGUGCCCUCUUUACGAAUCGUCGCCUGCGGAUGUUCAGGACAGGGUGACUGCUAUCAUCAACGGUCUCACAGCUGACCCCCGCGCAAUCCCUUUCGCGCCAGGAGGACCACUGGUACUCACGAAGAAGACACUCCACAACUUUGCAUUCCGUGCCGCCUACAGUCCUGUCAUCAACUAUCCACCCCUGGCUGACAUCCUGCUAGCUGUCGAGCAGGAUAAUCAGACCGCGCUAGCAGCGGCGGCACCCAAGCUCGGCGGUGGCGUGCAGUGCAAAUGUGAACAGUCACUACCCUGGCUCAUGGACACCGAGGCAUUCUAUGCCAUUGCAUGCGGUGACGGCGACCCCAUCACCUACUCCGAUGAAGACUACGCCGAAUGGUUCUCCCACCUGAGCGAGACCUCGGAGUUUGCCGCGCCUAUCUGGGGCUUUGAGUACCUGCGCUGUUCCGAAUGGCGCAUCCGACCCAAGUGGCGGUAUAUGGGUCCGCUCGCCGCGGAGAAGACGGCCAAUCCGGUGCUGAUCGUGUCCCCAACCUAUGAUACUGUGUGUCCUCUAACUGAUGCGCGCGCGGUACACGCACGGUACGCUGGUUCUGGGCUGCUGGUGCAGAACUCAUACGGCCAUUGCUCCUUGGCCGCACCAUCGCUCUGCACUGCGAAGCACAUUCGUGCAUACUACGAGAAUGGGACGAUUCCUGAAGAGGGGACAGUUUGUGAAGUGGAUGAGUUGCCGUUCAUCGGUCAGGUUGGCGGCGAAAAGAUAGCAGCGAUGUCUGUGGAGGACAGAGAGCUUUUGGAGUCUUUGCGAGCUAUGGCUGAGGAAGUACCGACUUUUGGGCACUUCUGAUUUGUUGUACAUCCAUUUGGCAGACAUGAAAAAUGUAUCCCUCAUCUGUAA